AUAUCGUGUCGCUCGUGCGCGCUUGUAGUUUCGUGUGACGUGACGUCGCGCGUUAUCAUCGUAUCGCGCGGGCGAUACGAUAAGACGAAAAAUAAGAACGCUGGACAAAGAGAGAGAGAGAGAGAGAGAAGGAGAAAGAGGCACGUCACAGAUUCAUCUCUCAUCAUUUAUAGAUCCUCUCCUCCCUUCGAAAAAUUCGUUUUAUUUCCAUUUUUGCGAUCGUUCGGUCUCCCUCGCAACAUAAAAAUCGUUAUAUCCCUAUGAACGGGUUUUUCCCGCGAUAUCUCGAUAUUGUAUAUCGCGAUUUCCUCGUGUAUACGUGUGUGUAUAUAUGUACAUAUAUAUGUAUGUAACGUUUCCGCGAUACCUUACUCACGCCGGCGGUUAGUCGCGAGUAUUCGGAAACUUCGAGGUAUCCGAUAUCGAUGAUCCAGCCCCGAGACGCUGAAUUCUCGACGAGAAAACGCGCUUUCGUCCUUUUCCAAUCUCGCGAGCCGGGGGAUAUAUAUAUACGGAAGAUUCGUAUACGUGCGUGAGCCCGAAAUCGAUAACCUGUGGGGGCAGACACACGAAACGUUCUGGCAGACACGACGCGACGCGACGCCACGAGUCGCGACACCGGAUCGUUGAAUGCGUAUGACGAUCGCGGAUAUCGGUCCGCAUAACUGAGAAUCACGAGGGAGAAGCAUGCGACGUGUACAACGCAUACACAGAGAGAUCGUAACCCGGGUGCAAUCCCAGUUGCUCCGAUGCAUCUCGGCGCUCCGAGAGUCGCCACCACGUUGUUCCAACAUCGUUCUAUCAUCCCUAUUGACGUGUUAAGGCUGUGAAGAGGAUCCGAAAGUGACGAAACUAGCGGGCAUUAAUCGCGACCAUCGAUGGCGGCCGCGAGUUUUCCUCCAAACUUCUCCAACGUUGGUGUAUUAGAGAAUUGCGCCGGCAUGGAGGCGACGAACGGCGCGAUCGAGCACGACUUCCACAACACCCUGGUGCCGAUAAACGGUAGCCAUUCGGGCAGCUCCGGCAGGAGUACGCCGAACGGCGGCGACCCGGCGCCGGGCAAACUCUUCGUGGGCGGCCUCUCCUGGCAGACAAGCAGCGAGAAGCUGCGGGAGUACUUUGGCAUGUUCGGCACCGUUACCGAUGUUCUCAUCAUGAAGGAUCCGGUUACGCAGCGUAGCCGCGGUUUCGGUUUCAUCACGUUCGCCGAGCCCGGCAGCGUGGACAAAGUCCUCAAGUGUCCCAUCCACACCCUGGAUGGCAAGAAGAUCGAUCCGAAGCACGCGACGCCGAAGAACCGCGCGAAACAGGCCAAUCGCACCAAGAAGAUCUUCGUGGGCGGUGUCAGUCAAGACACGAGCAGCGACGAGGUCAAGGUCUACUUCAAUCAAUUCGGCAAGGUGGAGGAGACGGUGAUGCUGAUGGAUCAGCAGACGAAGCGUCAUCGCGGUUUCGGCUUCGUGACGUUCGAGAACGAAGACGUGGUCGACCGUGUGUGCGAGAUACACUUCCACACGAUCAAGAACAAGAAGGUCGAGUGCAAGAAGGCGCAGCCGAAGGAGGCGGUGCAACCGGGCGCGCUCGCCCUCGGCAAGCGGGUGGUGCUGGGCGCCCUCGGCGUGAGAAUCGCGCCACAACCGCCGCUGCCGGUCGCGGCGGCCGCCUCGCAGCUGGUGGCCGCGCAGGCCCAGGCCGCGCAGGUGCAGGCGGCCGCGGCCGCGGCCGCGGCGGCGCAGGUGCAGAACGCGGUGGCGGGUUACGGCAAGCUGUUCGCCGCUACCGGCGGUUAUCCGGCCCUCUCGGCGUAUCGAUACGCGCCAUAUCCGAUACCGGCCGCGGCGGUCGCGGCGGCCGCUGCCGCGGCGGCGCCGGCCGCACCGCCGGCACCGGCUCCGACACCCGGUGCGGCCGCGGCCGCGGCGGCUGCCGCAGCGGCGGCCUCCUCGCCGGCCGCGGCCGCCGCCGCCGCCGCGGCGCCCGGCAAUCCUUAUCAGGGUUACUCGCUCACCAACGUCGACAUGUCGAGCUUCCAGGGCGUCGACUGGGGAUCCAUGUACGGGAUGGGAAUGUACGUUUAAAUGCCGCAUCUUCCCUGCCCCUACCACCACGACCUUGGCACUUGGGAUACCUAGAAGAAUUCGAAAGUGUCUCUGGAAAAUGGCCCAUCUUCCCCCUCUUCUUCCCCUGCAAAUAUGAGAUGAUACUCGACGAAGAUAACUUCCGACUUGAUGCUUCCGAUUCGCCAUUUCACCACCAGUCGUUCUCGCAUCACCCCGGGAAGCGAUGUUAGUAGAAAUGGAUUCUUCGAUACUCUUUUGUUACGGAAUGGAAUCACACAUACUUAUAUAUAUAUAUAUAUCUAUAUAUAUAUACACACACAUACACGGACAAAGGGAGAAUGGAUCCAAUGAAGAAGGCUGAAAUUUCGAGCGAAGAGCGCAAAUAUUGUCGAGCGAAUGAACGAUUAUCCGACUGUGUGAAAAUUUAACGAAACGAUGAAUAAGAUUGUACGAGCGAGGCGAAGCUCUAUAAGCAGGAGGAUAAGGAGAGUAAUCUGUGUGUAAU